GAGGCGGGGGGGCGGCGGCUGCGGCGGAGGGGCCGAGAGCUGGCGGCGGCGGCGGUGGUGGUCGUGAAGGGCAUCGGUGGCGGUGACGGAGAUGAUCUGAAGAUGGAAAGAGCCAGGCGAAGGGGAGGCGGCGGUGGCGGCGGCGGCGGCCGUGGCCGCGGAGGCAAGAAUGUGGGGGGCUCUGGCCUAAGCAAGAGUAGACUCUAUCCCCAGGCCCAGCACUCUCACUACCCCCACUACUCCGCGUCAGCCACCCCUAAUCAGGCUGGGGGCGCAUCCGAAAUCCAGGAGCUGGCCUCCAAGCGAGUGGACAUCCAGAAAAAGAGGUUUUACCUAGACGUGAAGCAAAGCUCCCGGGGCCGCUUCCUAAAGAUAGCUGAAGUCUGGAUAGGGAGAGGCCGGCAGGACAAUAUCAGAAAGAGUAAACUGACCCUCUCCCUGUCGGUGGCAGCAGAGCUGAAGGACUGUCUAGGCGAUUUCAUCGAACACUAUGCCCACCUGGGCCUGAAAGGCCACAGGCAAGAGCAUGGCCAGAGCAAAGAGCAAGUCUCCAGGAGGCGGCAGAAGCACCCUGCACCCUCUUCACCAGUGUCGGUGGGGUCCGAAGAGCAUCCUCACAGUGUCCUCAAAACAGACUAUAUAGAGAGGGACAAUAGGAAAUACUACCUAGACCUGAAGGAGAACCAGCGAGGUCGCUUCCUAAGGAUUAGACAGACCAUGAUGCGGGGCACUGGCAUGAUAGGUUAUUUUGGCCACAGUUUGGGCCAGGAACAGACUAUCGUCCUCCCAGCACAAGGAAUGAUUGAAUUUCGUGAUGCCUUGGUUCAGCUGAUUGAAGACUAUGGCGAAGGAGAUAUCGAAGAGCGAAGAUGUGGAGACGACGAGCCACUUGAACUCCCAGAGGGGACCUCUUUCAGAGUGGACAAUAAAAGGUUCUACUUUGAUGUGGGCUCUAAUAAAUAUGGAAUUUUCCUGAAGGUAAGUGAGGUGAGGCCACCUUACCGUAAUACUAUUACUGUUCCAUUCAAAGCUUGGACAAGGUUUGGGGAGAAUUUUAUCAAGUAUGAAGAAGAGAUGAGGAAAAUUUGCAACAGCCAUAAAGAAAAGAGAAUGGAUGGCAGAAGGGCCAGUGGUGAAGAACAAGAAUGCCUCGACUAGCAGGAAAUUGAACUCCAUCAGGCAAAAUUUAAAAAUCAUUAAUUGGCUAAAAGUACUGAUCCAUAAUCAUUUGAAGAAGUGUUUCCUCUUUUGGGCCCUUUGUUAUUAGUAAUACCUCUAAUAGUUUAUACUUCAAGAAGUCUGAUUCUCACUUUAUGUUAUGCAUAGAUCAUUAGAAUUCUCAUGGGAAUUCUAACCUCCCCAGAGCUAAAUAGUUUAGCUGCUUCAGCUGCUCCAGACGAUUGAAGUAUGCAGAUCAGCACAAAGUGUGACAUUCUGACCUUUUAAACACCCUAACUUAAGAUUUACAUUGCACUAUGACAUAAUCCUGAAAAUGAUGCAUCUACUUAAUAUGAAAAGUAUGAAUUUCUGUUUUAACAAAUCCUCCCCCCAAAGAAAGUCCCAUUCAUACUCUAUUAAAAGUUGCCAAGUUGACCUGUAGGACAGUUACCACAGAAAUAGAAAUUGACCUCAAAUAUAGUAUAUUUCUUUAUGAAAGUACAAGUAGGAAUAUAUUGUUCAUUGGGUAACCGAAUAUUAACUAGUACCACUCUAAAAGAGCAGAUGUCGUUAGAUAAUUAAACCUUUAAAAAUACAGUAUCGUAUUCCUAACAGUUACUAUAUAUAGUGUUCUAUAAUUUCAAAUUUUGUGGUAACCCUACAGUUUUCGUUGCCGUAUCAAAGCCAUGGAAGAAUUUUAAUUGAUUAUUCUCUGUUUCCUAUAGUACAUAUUUUAUUGACUUUCCAAAGUUUUGGGGAUUACGUUUCUGUCACUGUUGAGAGGGAGGCUUCACCCAGUGGCUUUGCUAUGGAGAUUUUUGAUGUUUUAGCCUUUUGUGGUAAUUUGCAAUCGUUUUUCCUCGAAAUAUGUCAUGGACUUUCAAAGUGUUGUAUCUUACGCCUCCCCUUUCAUUUGCUUCAUAGGGCUGGCAUACCAGUUGACUGAUGUAAAAAUACAUCUACUAAUACAUUUUAGUAGCACGUUAGCAUUUGCUGCCCCUAAAACCAUGUCAAACUUCCAAUAUAAACCUGAUAUUGAUACAGAUACUUUAAGUCCAGAAGAAAAAACCUUUUUUUUUUUUUUUCUGAGAAGAAAAAAACCAAAACAUUUAGAAUACAAAAUUGCAGUCUGGGAAAUACAAAAUUUGGAAACAAGAUUGAUUAUAAACAUUUAAAAGGAAAAUUCAGGCAAUUUCCAAGGUGCUCCUUAACAAUUCUUAAAGAGGUUUACUCUAUCCAAGACGUAUCCAUUUGCCUGUAUUAAAAAUCACUUUUCCAGAAAGUGCCACCUGAGCUUUUAAACACUCAAGCAAUUUUUUAAAAAGUGGGUAUAGAAUACACCUGUACCAACACCCCUUAUUAGCUGACUGAAAUUUUAUCUGUUGGGAUACACUGUCUUCUAAAUGAAAUUGUGUUUUGUCCUGGGAUCAGUUACUGCCCCACAGUCAGUCCAUAUAGUCAUGUUUAAGAGGCAGACACUGAUCUCAACUCCCCAGAUACAGUUCUCAUGGGUGAGAGCUGGCUGCUAGGAUUGAGGUCAGAAUGUGACUCUUCUCUGACAUGCUGUAAGCAAUUCAGAAUUCAUUUGUAACAGUUUUCCCUCCAGAACUUUUCCCCAAACACAUUACACUUAGGUCACUAAAGAAACUAUGGAAUGAAUUAAGAAAAUGGAUUUCAUUGGUUUAUGUUACUUAAGAACAAGCAGCUAGUAACCCAGGCAUACAGGCUGGUGUUGGUUGCAGAUUUUAUUACACGUUUCUCGAAGUACUAUGAUGGAAUCUCACCCAGUUCAUUGUCAUUGUGAACCGUCUGGAUCACUAUGGACCAACUGAAGGUUAGAAGAUAAUGUUAGUACUAAAGUUCAUAGCACAUGGUGGGUGUCGAGACUAAAAGUAGCAAGGAUUCUUCCGCAGUCCUAACUGUAAAAUAACGUAACUAUGUAGGCUUGCUAAAAAGUAGUUUUGGGUAUAUGAAGGAGUGGUGUGCACUUGAAUUACUGUACUACUGAUUGUUAUUGCUGCCCAUCAUAGUGCCUAUUAAUAAUAAUCAACCUGUCAGAUUUCGGCGAACUGGAGCUGUGAAUAUUCCAUUAUUCAAUUGUUCCUAUCACUAUUGCUGUGAGUGUAUGCUCUUUCUGAAAAUCUUAUCUUCCUUUUUAAAAUAUUUAUAUCCAUUAGGACUCACUGAUUUCUUUUUGGUUUUUAGUCUGAUGGGGUUUGAGUGUGUAUAUACAUACGUGCAUAUAUACACGUGGUACUGUGUCAGACAUGAAGAUAAAUAUAUUUAAUUCACUGUAUAUACAUAUUAUUAGCUUCAUUUCACAUUAAUUAUUUAAGUAAAGAACUAGUUAAAUAGCCAGAUUUUCUACCUUGUAUGUAUACUUCAAAGUUCUUGCCACCUCAAAACUACAGAUUGGGUAGAUACAUAUAUACUGGCAAUUGAACACACUCUAGAAUCACUAAGACUUUUACCAAUCCUUUGUUUGCCUCUACAUAGUUAAUAUAUUCAUUGAAAAAUGGUAUGAUGAUAUGAUUUUUUUGAUACCUAAAAAAUUCCCAAGAGUUCAUUAGCCAUAAUUAAGUGUGAUCCAGUUCAAACAUCUGGAUUUAGGAUGUGUAUUGCCAUGUAUCUUAUAAAAUAAGCUAUUUUUAUCUGUGCAAUAUAAAUUUUAUUUAUUGUCAUUUGUAACAUAAAUGGAGCUGCAAGUGUACAUGGUAUUCUUCAAAAUAACAGGAUCCUUGCCUUGAAGGCAUUAAACUCUUAAGGAAACUGGAUGUUAGAAGUAAAAAAUGAGCAUUGAAGUUAGUAACCAAAAUUACUAGUUUACUGUAUAAUGCUAAAACACUGAUGAUGUUUGCACAUAGUAAUUGAGCAUAAUGUGGACAGACUCAAACUGUAAUAAUAUAAGCUAAUAGUAUAAAAUCUGGAAACGGGUUCCUCAGUAGUUGGCAGUGUGCUCCUAGCAGUUGAAAGCAGCACUAAUGUGCCGCUUAUAUGCAAAAGAUGCAAUGUAUUAUAAAGAUAUUCAAGUUCUGCCACAUUUUAUUAUUUUCCUUCUUAAAGCCCCAAACUGCCAUGUCCCUUAAACUUGAGUCAAACACAAGCUUAUUUGCACUAAAGAGCAUGGCCAAAAAAUUAAAUGACAGGGUGGAAGAGCUACUUAGAGCCUAUUGAAAUAAUUGGUUCUAAUGGGAGAAUUUCACAUUUGUCUAUUUGAAAGCUAUAUGGUCCAGGCAGACAAUCUGUCAGUUCACUAAUUUAAUAAUGCACUUUACCUUUUGUAUAUAGAAGAUGUACAUUUAUGCCCCUCGCCAGGCAGGAUGUGUUUCAGUAACUAUGUAGUUAGAAUCUGUAGGGUGAUCCUUGCAUGCACAUGUUUGUAUUAGAACUCUUGUAACAGGUUUCCAUUGAGUCGAUGUAAUGGAGAAGGACAGAAGAUGGGUUUAAAACAAUUCUCGGUUCAUUUAACGAGGCAUUUUAAGGUAGAUUUCAUAUUUGUAUUAAGGACUAGAAUAAUAUAAAACUAUUCCUAAUCCAGAUUAGCUUUGCAGUUCAGACUAUAUCUACUUGAGACUUCCCAUAAUACUCUAAAAAUUCAUUUGGGGAAUCUGGCCAGAUAACUUUUUUAAUAAUUCUGUUUCAUUGUUAAAAUGUGUUUAAGUUACUAAUGAAAAGGCAGAACAUGCUAUAGCACUAGAAUUAAAAGUAUGUUUAGCUUAUGUUUUUUUAAAAAAAAAAAAAAAUCACCAGACUAAAGAAAUAAAGUUUCAAGUAAGGAAUAUAAAGAGCUUUAUAAGUUGCUAAAGUAAAUAGGAUAUUUCAAAAUCUGCAAAAGUAUUAACCUUCACCAACUCACAAGGGGACUGGGGGAUUUGGUGUAUCCUUCUACCCUGAACACAUUUGAAGAUGUAUAUUUGAAAACUAGAUAACUGUUGCUUAAUAAUAGGUUGUAUGUACUUUACUGAGAAACACUGUGUACUAACAAUUCAUCAAGAGUGUGCUAUAUUUAUUGCAUUCAUUUUAUAUCUAUAGAUAAGAAACAUUAUAUAUAGUCAUCCUAUCUUAAUAUAAUCAUGUAUUUAUAUUGUAAUUUUGCAAAUAUUUUCAGUAAAAUAAACAUUUAUCUGAGCUGCACAAUUUGAAGAGGAUGAAAUUGGAAUAUACUCUCAGAUAGUCAUUUUUAAUCAGCAGCUACCAUUGAAAACUGAUGUAUUUAUUGUCAUUCCUUUACAUUUGUUUUAUAGUUUAUUUAAUAUUUAAGUGAAUGAGGCUUCAUUUGAAUUUUAAUUGGUUGUCUGAAAAAAAUGAGAUUUUUAUGUACAUUUUUUUUCUUGCUUCCUUCCAAGUGUCUUUCACUGAAACCAUAAAAUCCUCUUCCAAACAUUAGGUAAGGGCUUUGGUGAGUCACCACCUAGUCUGAAAUCUGUCUUUACCCAAACACUAAACAUCUUCACCAAGAUGUUUUGUCAAAAGAAGUUAACAUUGGUUCUGUGCCUCCAGAAUGGUACAGAUUAAAGAUCUGUCAUUGCCAGAUAAGAUUCAUUACAAUCUUUCUGAAAUUUCCUUAAGGAUUUCUUGACUUCCAUAGAGAAAUUGUGGCUAAUGACUAGCUCAUCGAAGGAAAUGAAUACAGACUUAGCAUUCCUUGAGACAGUCUAUAGUCUACAGUACUAUAGCACUGGAGUACAGGAAAGAUGUCUUUCCCAAGUCAAUACUGUGUGAAAAUUGGGUUUUUAGAUCACAGUAAGCCUAGCAUAAAGGAAGUGUGGUCAAAUAUGCCUAGGUAGAUUUUACGGGAAAUUUUUACUAUUUUCUUGACUAAUGAAAAAAAUCAUUCUUUGUUCUUAAUAUGAUAGGACGUUUUUUUCAAUCAUUUCAAUUUAAUAGGAAGUUUUAGCAUUUUUAAUAGGGAAAAACAUUCAUAUAAUACCAGGUUUAUGGGACUAAGGUUGUAAUUCAGUUGAUGGAAUGUUUGCAGAAAGCCCUGGGUUUGAUUGCCACACCACAUGUAACACCAACGCUGGCGAGAAGAAGGCAGGAGAAACAGAGUUCAAGGUCAUCCUUGACUCUGUAGCAGGUUUAGAGGACAGCCUGAGCUCCAUGAAACCCUGUCUCCAAAAUCAUAAUAAUCAGAUGCUACAGUAAACUGUGAAAAGUAGCAGCUAGUCUUAUCAGUUUCUUGUGUUUCCUCUGGGAGUCACUCUCUUGUGCAAACAUGUAUAUACAGAUAUUCUUUUUAAAGGCGUAAGCAUAUGCACCUUCCUGUCAGUAUCAACUUUAGGGCUGGCAUUUAAGAAAUUUUUUCCUUUUUACGAAAUGUCAUGUUUUAUUUGGUUAGCAUAUCAUUUAGGUUUUAUAUUAUUCAGAAAAGACAUCAAGAAAAUAGUGUGUAAGUCCAUUGGUAUCGAUUUAGAUUAUAAACGUCUGUGUUCAUUUUUAGGUGUACAGAUAUGCAGUUUCACCUUCUAGUCCCCUUCCUUCCUCAUACCUAACCAGCUCACCUUCCAUAUCACCCUAUUUUUGCCUCUCUCAAAACAUAUUGCUAUUUUCUCCUGAAGUAACACAUUAGUUCGGGGGGAUCUGGAUAUUAAAUAAUAUAGCCAAGUGGUGGAUGAGGUUAACUAUGUUCUCUGGUGGAAAGCACUAAUAUUUAAAAGCUUUAACAAAUUAUAGCUUUCGAUUUUGACAAACCGUGCCACUGUUUUUUCAUCCAAAGACCCUGCCAUUAAGAGUAAAGAGCAGUGAAAGAGUUUAUGUUAUGACUUUGUUGAAAUCACUUGAUUUAUUAACAUGAAAUAUUUAUCUGUAUGAUAAAGAAGGUAUAAAGUUUAUUUAACUGCUUUUCAAAUCCAAGUCUACACAAAGAAACAGCACUGUUCCUAAUCAUUUAAAGCACUAGUUCUUUUGUUUGUUUCUUGAAUUUGUUUUGGGGCGUGUGUGUGGGUGUGUGUGAGUGUGGGUGUGGGUGUGAUGGGACUGGGGAACUGAGGGCCAUGCCAGUGCUGAGCAAGCAUUCUGCCACUGAGCUACCUUCCCAACCCUAAAAAAGUUGGGCUUUUUUCCCUCCUUGUUUUUUAAUAGACCAGAGUCUGUCAGAAAUCCUGGGGCUCUGAUGAUUUGGGGAAAGAGUGUAACUUAGGAAGAGGCUACAAGUACAGCUAAGUCAUGUGCUGGAAGAAUAUGGAAUAGCAAAUAUAACUGUUAAAAAGUAAGUUUAGACAAACAAGAAAGUGGCAAGUAUUACUAUUCCUGAAAAAUGUAAGCAAAACUACUUUAAUAGUUCUCCCACGUUACCUGGUGGGGAAGGGGACAUAACUCAUGUUCGCCAGGUAUGCAUUGUUGACUACCAAGAAAAGAAAAACCAAAAAAACCCUGAAACAUUGGAUAUUCUGCCCUUGAACCCUUCAGUGUUAUAAAUGAAAGCAACCA